AUGAUCGGUAGCGUUAUAACCGGAUUGUUUUUGUCUGCACGAAAGGACAUUACGUCUCCCUCCGAGAAGUCCUAUGAGGUAGAGGGGUGGAUCGAACUUCGGCGACAGCGUCCUUUUCGCUCUUGUGACCACGGGAGUGGGCCGGCCAUAUGGGUCUCCGGGGAGGCUCAACACGCCUUUGACGUGAAGGAGCGCGCUGGUGCAAGCCAUGCGACCCUUAAGUGCGAAGAAUUAUUCGAGAGAGCUUACGACAAAGGCGUUUUGGCCAGUGACAAAAGAAUACCUGCCCCUUCUACUUUGAUGGGCAAGACCACCGUACAAAUAUUGAACAACUUUUGGUCGGGUGCGCAAGAUACUCUACAGGAGGCACUGCGGCACUAUCCGUGGUUCUGGCCGGCCUCCGUAUGCAAAAGUGAACUUUUGGUGCUGCUUUCCCGUUGGGACGAGGCAGCUCAGUGCGCUAGAAAUUUGCUCCGGAUCGACGAAGAUGACUUGGACAGCCACACAGUUCUGCUUCUCCACGCCGUCGCACAGAAAGGGGAUUUAGACCAGGGUGUUCUGCAAGUUCGAACAUUCUUCGAGAUGCUGGCUGUACAGGAACCUUACAGCUUCGCCCUUUGGCUCGACAGCGCGCGGCUGUUUCUUUCGAUGGUUGGUAUCCAUGAUGACGCUACUGAGGCGAUUCUGUCAUUUCUCCGCGAGAAUAACGUUGCCGAUUGCCAAGAACAGCUGGACCGUGCCAACGCGCAACAUAAAAAAAGAGAACGGCUCUCGCCAUAUCACAGCUUACUCCUCAGUACGAGCAAAGUCCGCGCAGGUCUGAAAGUCGAUGUGGCUGAUGAGAACGUCUUCGUGAAUCUCCAAGAAGCUAUGGCACACGUCGAUGAGGCAGUAUCCUACACGGUCCGCGAUUUCCGGUCAACAUUCGGGCUGUACUUUUUCACCGCUUUCCGAGCAAACCUUCUCUUCGAUGCGGCCAGCACGUAUUUGGACUUGGCAUGCUAUGGGUCACUAAUCAAAACUCUUAAACCAUCAACCGGGAAUAGCGUUGUUGAGCUUAGUGUGGGAUUUCUGACAACGGCAACACCUUCGAAGGACACUAGUUUCGUUGCUGAAGCUCUCGCCAAAGCCUCGUCAGUGUUGGGGACCCUGUGUCACUUCAUGCCGGGCCAUGGAAUGGCGAAGGCGAUGAUGGCUCGGGUGCAUCUCCUGCAAGGCGAUACGGAGGCAGCACGCCGAACAUUGAGGGAUGCCUUAUCGUCUCGGGCUUUCAGCGACGAUCUAGGAGGCACAAAAAGCAGCAUUGCAGCUCACUUUUGCCUUAUGUUGGCUCGCCUAGAACAGCUCGCAGGUCAGCCUGCGGAAGGGCUGGCACAGUUGGAAAAGGCUCUAUCCUUCGAUCUUCAUUUGAAGAGCACCCUGCCUUACUACCUCAUCAAAGCUGAUCUCCACUUGCAGAAGACGGAAUUUGAUGAAGCUGUCAGUACGCUGGAAGAGUCCCAGAAGCUGGCUACUCCGACACCAGAAAACUUCACAGCCAUCGGAGAGGCCCUUCUAGAAGUCUACGAGCCUCGAGGAGCUGUUGAAGCGUUUGAACGAGCGUUACAUGCAAAGCCGGGGGACCGCAAGCUCAUCAGACGCAUCGUCGCGGCGCUUGUGAAGACGCACCAGUACGAAAGAGCAAGUACCUACGCCAGCAAUUCUCUUCGUGAACAGCCAGAAGAUCUGGAGCUUCGACUAGACUUGGUAGCUUUGCUUUUCAGGCUGAGAAGAUGGCAGGAGGCAAUCGAAACCGCUUCAGUUGUAGACGGUGAUAACACUGCGUAUGACGGAUCCUUUUCGCUUGGUGCAAAAGUCCAAAUAUUGCUUCUUAAGGUCAAGGCGCUGCUCUCUCAAACAUCCUCGUAUUCAGCUCGGGGAGAUGAAGCAGAGUUAGAAGACAGUGCCCUUCGUACCCUUCACCGCUGUAGAGUUGCGAUAAAAAGGUAUCUCGAGCUUCAUCAGCGCAGUGCUGAGUCCGCGUCCGGUGAAGGGGCCUGGCGAAUAUCCCGUUUAGGGGCGGAUGUCUACUGCCAGCUCGGGGCGAUAUUGGAAAGGAGGAAAGGCGAGGCAGAGCAGGCAGCCCAGUGUUUCGAGGAAGCCCGAGAGCUAGAUAGCGAAAGAACGUCAGCGCUCCUUGCUCUUUCCAGAAUUCGUUUGAGGCAGGGCCACCUGCAAGCUGCCGAGGAAUACCUUUCCGCGCUCCAACGCCUUGAUCCGACCAAUGAAGGCGUAUCACUUAUCAAGUCGGAGAUUGUUGCUGCGGCUCUCUUGGACAACGUACGACACAGUCCCUGUGAUCUCGUCAGCCAUUGUUUCUCUCUCCUGCGUCUUCACCUGCCACACUUCAAGGCGCUGGGCGACGCUCUUGCCCUGAUGAGGAAGCAAGGCCUUCUGAUCGAGAACUACAGUACCAUUAUAACAGCCAUCGAAAACUUGAAACAAAGCACCGGGAGCCUCUACAUUGAGGCAGGCACAAACUAUUGUCUAGGCAUCAUCAAGAGGUGGAGGCAUUUUCCUCACGAAGCUCUUCAGCACCUGAACGUCGCCCGCCGUCACUCAAGUUUCUACCAUGACAGCAUGAGGCAUAUGGUGGAAAUAUGCUUGGAUCCUGGUGACCGUAUCACAGUUGAGGCUCUUUUGGCGAAUGAUGCAGAUCAGCAUACUCUUUCGUCUGCACCAAAAGCUCACGCCACCAACGCUUUCGAGGCAGAGAGGCUCCUGCAAGAGUGGCAUGCUGCGGGGCCGCCCGUGGAAAUGCGGCGACGGCUGAUGACGUGGCAGAUUGAGGCACUCGCAUUCUCGAAGGACAGAGGGAAGAUGGAUCUUGCGUUGAAGGCUGUCGGAGACCUUUUGCUGCAGCAUCGGGACGAUGUGCCGCUCCUACUCGCUGCUGCCGAAACGUUGCUUGUGAUGAGACAAACAAGCAAAGCUCGCGUGCAUCUCAAGCGUAUAUAUGAGUUGGCGAAGGUCGGUAUCGAUCCAAUUGCCGAGGCAGAGACAGAACGAGCCUCGCUACUCUUAGCUGAACUGCAUAUUCAGGCCGGAAAGACUGACAAUGCUAUUCCUCUCAUCACCCUCGUCACGAACAGGAAUAAAGAGUGUGCCCGCGCUUGGGAGCUCCUGGGCAUGUGCGCCGAAAAGCGAGGACAAUACGAACAAAGUGCCGAUCACUAUGGAAAGGUAAAAGGCUCUUUAAUAUCGUGA